GCUUUCUGGGCAGCAGGGACUUGAUAGUGGAGAGAAUUUCAGUCUCUAGCGUCUUUUCCAUUAUGGCAGUGACUGAUUAUUUAUGCUUGUGGCAUUUCUCUCAGUGCAGAUGUGAGCACUGAACUGAAAAGACUAAAGAUACCUAGUAGGUUACUGAAAUUUCAGUGUCUUGGAGUACGGACUAUAUGUCAAAAAAGAGACCUCCUCUAAUUGCUUGAGCCUCAGGCACAAUGUUUCGCAAGAAGAAGAAGAAACGCCCUCAGAUCUCUGCCCCUCAGAACUUUGAGCAUCGUGUGCACACCUCAUUUGAUCCAAAGGAGGGAAAAUUUAUUGGUCUGCCUCCUCAAUGGCAGAAUAUUCUGGACACUCUGAAACGACCGAAACCUGUUGUGGACCCUUCGAGGAUCACCCGGGUACAGCUCCAGCCUAUGAAGAAGAUUGUGAGAGCUAGUACAUUUGAAGUGGAAGGAUAUAUCUCUGGGAUACUGAAUGAUAUCCAAAAGCUCUCUCUAAUCAGUUCUAACACUCUGAGGGGGAAGAGCCCAACUAGCAGAAGAAGAGCCCAGUCACUGGGACUUCUGGGUGAAGAUGGACCUACUGACAUGUACUUACAGUGUGCUGAACCAGACUGGGAAGACAAAUAUGGAAACUACCUCAACUGCAAUGGUGGAUCCAAGUCAUCUAGAAGGCAGACCUUGUGGCCAGAUUAUAAACCCAUGUUGGAUGGCCAGGCUCAUUCCAAUGGCCUUGUAAUGAAAGCUCAGUCCCUUGGCCCAUCAGAAUUCCAUGGCACAAAUAGCCGCUUUGUCCCACUCCCUUCAAGUUUUCAGCACCAGCAAUACAUCCCAGUUCCUACAGUAAACCAAGAAAACACUGGAGGGAGAAGAAACUCAGAGGAGCGCUAUCCUCCGGCUUACCAAGGGACCCACACUAAUUCAAGGCCACCUGGGGAAGGCAGUCCUGGUUCCAAAUCAAGGGAAAACAGCUUGAAGCGAAGACUAAUGCGAAGUAUGUUCCCUUCUUCCAGCACCACAAACAAACCUGGAAACAACCAGCAGAUAAAGCCCAACCCUUUCUUUAGGCCACCUCCACACUGGGGCUCGCCACACAGUCCUGCAGCCAAAUCCCAGUCACUUCCUUCAGACCAGCCAGCACUUGAUUAUGCUAGGAUUUCAGAAGCUGGUACCCCUCAGAAAUCGCCAACCAAUGAACAUGUAUCAGCUUUGCCUCAAGGCAGACCAUCGCCAGCAGGUUCACCCCGGAACCGCCAUACUCAGACCAGUUCCAGCAACCUUCAUCUUCCCUUGGAUUCUAAACUGCAAUCAGCCAAUGAGGAUCCAGCUGUUGUAACCCAUGAGCAGUUCAAAGCUGCACUCAGGAUGGUGGUGGACCAAGGAGAUCCCAGGACAAUGCUGGAGAACUAUGUUAAGAUUGGUGAGGGAUCGACGGGUAUUGUUUGCAUUGCUCGUGAAAAGCAUUCUGGGCGGCAGGUAGCAGUGAAGAUGAUGGACCUACGAAAGCAGCAGCGACGGGAACUCCUUUUUAAUGAGGUUGUGAUAAUGCGAGACUACCAACAUGACAACGUGGUUGAGAUGUAUAAAAGCUACCUUGUGGGAGAUGAACUGUGGGUGCUGAUGGAAUUUCUUCAGGGAGGAGCUCUCACUGAUAUUCUUUCCCAAAUCAGGCUGAACGAAGAGCAAAUUGCUACAGUGUGUGAGUCAGUCCUGCAGGCACUCGCCUACCUGCAUUCUCAAGGUGUGAUUCACAGAGAUAUUAAGAGUGAUUCUAUUCUUCUGACCCUUGAUGGAAGGGUGAAACUCUCAGAUUUUGGCUUUUGUGCCCAAAUCAGUAAGGAUGUGCCUAAAAGGAAGUCUUUAGUAGGAACACCUUAUUGGAUGGCUCCAGAGGUUAUUUCAAGGUCCCCAUAUACCACUGAGGUAGAUAUCUGGUCUUUGGGAAUCAUGGUGAUAGAGAUGGUAGAUGGAGAACCCCCUUAUUUCAGUGACUCUCCAGUCCAAGCAAUGAAGCGGCUCCGUGACAGCCCUCCACCCAAAAUAAAGAAUUCUCAUAAGACGUCUCCAGUUUUAAGAGACUUCUUGGAACGGAUGUUAACACGAGACCCCUUGGAGCGAGCAACAGCACAAGAACUCUUGGACCAUCCCUUUUUGCUUCAGACUGGACUUCCAGAGUGCCUGGUGCCUCUUAUCCAGCGCUACAGGAAACGCACCUCCACCUGCUGACCCUGAACUCAGGGAUACCUAGUAUCAUACUAUUACAAUGCAAACUUUUUCCUGGAAGCACUAACUGGAUCACUAUCAUCAUCACCAUUAUUAUAAUUUAAAAUAUUUAUAUAUGCUUUUCUACUCACCGGGGCCCUCAAAACAAUGUCCAGUAAGAGUCAUAACCUGUUAUUUAAAAACAAACAUUCUUUAAAAAAAAAUGGGCCAAAGCACAUCCAAAAGCCAAAGGCCUGUUAAAAGAAGUUUUUAUUUCUGGUUGACUUCCCUUGGAAGAGUUCUGCAAUCGAAAUGCUGCUACAGAAUAAGGCCCAUAUUAUGUACCUGCCAACAAAGUUUGCCUUGUUGAGAUACACAAUCAGGGCUUCCGAUGAGAUUCUCAAAUUAUGGACAGGCUCGUAUGGAUGGACAUAAUCUGUCAAGUACCCUAGCCUUGCAUUUGGAAUGUACCAGUGUUCCUUUGUUUCAAAUUUGCCAGUGUUUCCCCCCCCAAGAUGUGAAUGCGAGAGGGAGUUUUCACCAUCUUUGACUUCUUUUAAAAGUUUACUCUCUUUUUCCUGCUGAAGACAAUCAAAAGCUGGAUUCCCACAAAUCCUAACUGUAAUAUAGAUAUUGUGAAGCUCCUGGAUUAUUCAUACUUUGCAAGGCAUUGGUAAGACGAUUCUUUCAAUUUAGAAUGUCUGUCUGCCCAUCUCCAGGAACAGUAGCAAGAACUGGAGAGAGAUUCCUGCAGCAAAAUCAUCUUCUGUAAUGUUGACUGUAACAUAGGCCUCACUCUCUAAUCUUAAAUUGUAUCACAUCUUUCUUAAGGGGAAUUUAACUCCCACUGCAAAAGGAUUUGGUAUGUUAUUUCCUUCCAAAUUAUUUCUCCAGUAUUUUGAUUUCUUUCUGCAAUAGUGAACUGUAGGCUUUUCAAAGGUGAAGAGUGGUCUGUCAUUUCACAACCGAACAUCAGCUGGAGAGAAAUGCUUCACACCAGGCAGUUCCUGAGAGACAGUGGAACCUUAUGCUUGGGGCUUCACAACCUGUAAACAUGGUGCCUUCCCUAGCAGUGAUUUAAGAGAAGGCAUCAGAGGGAUUGUCUAAAUCAAAAGCAUCAAAUUUGCCAAUACCAGGACCCCACAAAAUAACACUGGACUUGCCAAUGGACACUGCUCUAAGGCAGUUAAAUUGGAUGGUGUUUAUACCAGCAUUAAAUUCUGUAGCAAGGUCAAUAAAACAUUGGAGCUCUUUUGUUUAUUCCACUGAAAUAAGUUUGUUUUGCUGGUAAGAAUAUUUAAUCUCUACCUCCCAUGUUUUUAAAGAGGGGAGAGAGUGCAUGGAAUAGAGUCCAAGUAUGUUUUCAUGGUUCUCUAAAAUCCUGGAGGUAGGUGGACUACUUUUAACAUUCUUUUCUAAAGCUGAUGCAGAAAUUUUGUACGGCAAGUCUUAUCAGUGUCAAGGUUAUCAGGUCAAAGUCAUUUGAAGCUUAGUUUAGGUUGUAUUAUGUGCAUUACUGUACGGGACGUAAUUGUGGCAUAUCUGGAGUUCAGUCUUGUGAAACAAACGUUUUGCAUUUGUGGACUAAAAAGGUUAUAGAAAGUGGGGAGGGAGGGUUGGAUGGGAUCAGUUUCAGUUCUACUGCCUCAUAACCACAGCUUGAUAAAGUUUAUAUUUUGGACCACAACACCCAGGAUCCUCUAGCUAGCAUAUUGCCUGUGGGAUUCUGGGAGUUACCAAAAACAGUAAUUUUUAAACAUUUGGUACAGAUUUUGCUCUCACAUGUUAAGUUAUUCAUCUACCCAGUGGCAGCAAGUGAUAACAGUAAACGAAUAAAAACCAACAAGUGAAAGAUGUUGGGGAAAUGUUUGUUGUAAAAUAUUUCUGUAUGUUCCAGGGUUCUGUGCAAAAAAAAAGUUUUUUAAAAAGUCUUACCUUGAAACAAAUGUUUCUUUUUGUGAA